AUGGAGACAAACGGCCAAGCUAAUGGGCUUAAGUCUAAAAAGAAAGAUGACGCAGAUUCGAAGGAUAAUUUGUGGUCUGCUAUACUAGAGGAGGUUCAAAAUCAAGGGAAUACCAAAUUACCUUCUAAUAAGAACGUGCUAGUACUGGGUGACAACGAAACUGGGAAAACAACUCUCAUAGCUAAGUUACAGGGAGUUGAAGACCCUAAAAAAGGAUCAGCUCUUGAAUAUGCAUUCAUAGAUGUUAGAGAUGAGUACCGCGAUGACCACACUAGGCUCAGUGUAUGGGUACUCGAUGGAGAUCCAGGUCACACAAAUCUGCUCAAGUUUGCUCUCAAUGAAGAAACAUUCCCUCACACAUUAGUGAUGCUCACAGUGGCUAUGACAACGCCAUGGGGUAUACUAGAUCAGUUACAAAGCUGGGCCUCUGUGCUCGGCGAUCAUAUAGAUAAAUUGGAUCUCACUCCCGAACAAAGGUUACAAAGUAAAAAGCAGCAGGUCCAGAAGUGGCAGAGGUAUACGGAACCCGGUGAUGAGCUCGAGGCUAAUGCCUCGUCUCCUAUGAAGCGUUCCUCACGCAACCUGUCCGACGAUCUGGACAGUGACGAUGAGGACAACCAGCUGCCUGAAGCCGUGCUCACAACCAACCUUGGCUUGGACAUCGUGGUGGUUGCCACUAAGACUGACUACAUGAGUACUUUGGAGAAGGAGCACGACUAUCGCGAUGAGCACUUCGACUUCAUGCAGCAGUGGAUCCGUCGCUUCUGCCUGCAGUACGGCGCGGCGCUGUUCUACACCAGCUCCAAGGAGGACAAGAACUGCGACCUGCUGUACAAGUACCUCACGCACAGGAUAUACGGCCUGCCCUUCAGGACGCCCGCGCUCAUCGUGGAGAAGGACGCCGUGCUCAUCCCGGCAGGUUGGGACAGUAUGAAGAAGAUCAGUAUCUUGUAUGAGAACAUGCAGACGUGCCAACCUGACGACUACUACAGGGACGCGAUCGUGCAACCCGCUACCAGGAAGAGCGGCACUCGUUGUGAGGCGGAAGUACAAGCGGAGGACGAGCAGGCCUUCCUCCAGAGACAGCUGGCGGCGCUACAGGCAGGGACGCCCGCACCAAGAGCUGACUCACCGCUACGGACCGCGCAGAGGGUCACGCCACAGUUGGACGGCGCGAAGAUCGGCAUGGGUUCCGGUACUCCUGGCAACGAAGGCGUGUUGGCGAACUUCUUCAACUCGUUGUUAUACAAGAAGACGGGGUCCCCGGGGGCGCGCGCCCCGGACGGCUCGCCCGCAGCCGCCGCCGCGCGCUCGGACGCCGCCGCCGAGCUGGACCGACUCACGCGCGCCAAGAGACCGCCGCCCACCAUCGACCUUAACACGUCUGACUGCUAG